GAACGAGAGACGCGCGCUCAUUUCCACCGACUCGCGAAUCGCGUGUAAACUUUACGUAAUGGCGGGAAAAUAAUUCAAUCUUGCAACAAACUCAGAAGUAUGAAUUUAAGUGACGUUUUGAGGAAUGGUUAAUUCAUUUUUUAGAUUAAUCUAGUGAAAUAUUAAUUACUUGGACAUUAUGAAGUUUUUUACUUGGAUCACGUGGCACUGGUGUUGGGGCUUAUUGGUGAUAUCACUAAAAUGUUCAUACGGAGAGAAAUUUAUACUUGGCUACCUCACGGGCUCAGAGCGCCGACCAGGAGACUUCAGCUACCAGCGACCCGGGAGAGUCAUCUCAGGUGCCAUUUCGAUGGCGGUGGACGAGGUGAAUGAAAAGCUUCUUGGUCCAAUGGGUCACUCUCUAGACUUUGUCGUGGCGGAAACAUAUGGCCAAGAGGAGGUUUCUAUUCGGCAGGUGGCGUCACUAUGGGCAGCCAACGUGUCGGCGUUCAUUGGACCGCAAGAGACGUGUGUGCACGAAGGGCGCAUGGCCGCAGCUUUCAAUCUGCCUAUGGUCAGCUACUAUUGCCGAGAUGUUGCCAGUUCAAACAAGCGCGUAUACUCGACGUUCGCGCGCACCAGGCCUUCGGACAUCGACAUCUCGCGCUCCGUGGUCGCCGUGCUCACGCAUUUCAAUUUCAUGCAUGUAGCGUUCGUGUACCUAAAGGCUCCAAACCACGACUUUUCUCGUUUAGCGCUUGCAAUAAUAGCUGCGGCGAGAGAGAAGCAAAUAUCGGUGCGGACUGUGCAAGUGUACCGACAGCCUUAUUACUACGAGAACAGGCGGGAGAACUUCUCUCGUAACCCCUUCCUGGACAUCGUUCGAGAGACGUACAAAGACACCAGAAUCUACGUGUCUGUGGGAUAUUAUCAUGAUCACAUCGGAUUAAUGUUGGCGUUGGACGCUAUGCAGCUUCUGGACUCAGGUGAAUAUGCAGCUAUCGGCGUCGACGUGGAUAAAUACGAAUCUGAGGAGGCAAUCCGGUACCUAUCUGGGCCGCUCCGCAAGGAACCAGGAGCCAGAACUCCUCAGGCUUUUCGCUCGUACCUGGCUGUAGCCCCAUCACCAUCACCGUCAUACCCAGUGUUCGCGAGAGAAGUCAAUAGAAGACUGCAGAUGCCACCGUUCAACUUCACCAAUCCUUUGCUUGCUUUUGGCGGCGGGAAAGUGAUUCCUGUAGAGGCGGCAUGGCUACACGACUCCGUGUGGGUGUAUGCGCGUGCGCUCGCAGAAGCGCUCACCAGUGGCGAAGGGCCGCGAGAUGGAAGAGCUAUUGCAGCGAGAAUGAGGAACACCACCUACCAUAGUGUUAUGGGUUACUGGGUGCACAUGGACGAGCAUGGUGAUGCGGAAGGCAACUACACGCUGCUGAGCAUCGACCCAGCGAAACCGCCAGGCCUCUACCCUCUGGCGGUGCUACACAAGUCCGCACCAGAAGUUCGAUUUUUACGGGAGAUGGAGUGGCCAGGCGGCCAGGUGCCCCUCUCCGAGCCACCGUGCGGGUUUAGAGGAGAAAAAUGCGUCAGUCAUAUUGGAGCAUGGGCACUGGGAGCUUCGGGAGGCACAUUAGCACUGCUCGCUUUAGCAGCCCUAGCGCUAUACCGUGGUUGGCGCUACGAACAAGAGCUGGACUCACUGCUGUGGAAAAUCGACUUCCGAGAAUUACAUCUGCCUGAAGAAGAACAACGAGCGAACAAACUGAAUAGCAAUGCGGGCGGUAACGUGUCUUCUUCAACCAAUGCCGUGGCCACCAAUGAGAAGAACGGAGGCAGCACGGGCGGAGUGCGGUCCAGCCAGGUGUCUCUCAGUUCCAAUCCGGACCUGGACUUCAGAUACUCGGCUAUAUUCACUGAAGUAGCGUUCUACCGCGGCCGACUGCUCGCUGUCAAGAGAGUUCGCAGACACCAUAUUGAUAUCAACAGAGAGAUCAAAAAGGAGCUCAAAAUCAUGCGGGAUUUGCAACACGAUAACGUGAACGGGUUCGUCGGCGCGUGUAUCGAGCCGCCCAACGUUUGCGCCUUAUCCGAAUACUGCACGAGAGGCAGUCUCAAGGACAUUCUUGAGAAUGAAGAUAUCAAACUGGAUAACAUGUUCAUCGCGUCUUUAGUGGGAGAUAUAAUUAGAGGAAUGAUUUUCAUCCAUGAAUCACCGCUGCAGUUUCAUGGUGCACUCCGACCAUCCAACUGCUUAGUGGACGCGCGCUGGGUCGUUAAACUGGCAGAUUUCGGAUUAAAAGAAUUUAGAAAGGGUGAAUUGCCUCCAUCGGAGUCAAAUGCCUUGAGAUCUCAUAUUGAAGGUUUAGCAUAUUUAUCCCCGGAGCUACUUCGCUCUGCGGGCUGGGGCAAGGAGACCACGAACAUGACAGAAGAAUUACACGACGGUUCCCCGCCAUCCGACGUUUACGCAUUCGCACUAGUCCUAUACGAGCUGCAUACUCGACGAGGUCCAUUCGGCGGAGACGCGUUACCAGUUCCCUCGCUGCUGCAUAGGAUAGCGGCUCCCGAUCCUGCGCCUUACAGGCCUCCGCUAGAUGCGUUAACUGCUAGUUUUGAUUGUGUAAGAGAAUGUUGCACUGAAUGCUGGGCAGAAGACCCGUCAGCUAGACCAGACUUCAAAGCCAUCCGUACGCGGCUCCGACCACUUCGGAAGGGCAUGAAACCAAACAUAUUUGAUAACAUGAUUGCCAUGAUGGAGAAAUAUGCGAACAAUCUCGAAGCUUUAGUAGACGAGAGGACUGAUCAAUUGCAGGAGGAGAAGAAAAAGACUGAGGCUUUAUUAGAAGAAAUGCUACCAGCACCGGUGGCCGACCAGUUGAAGCGAGGUCGACGAGUUAUGCCAGAGAGCUAUGAUUCCGUGACUAUUUACUUUAGUGAUAUUGUUGGCUUCACAGCCAUGUCAGCGGAGAGUACUCCAUUACAGGUGGUAGAUUUUUUGAAUGAUCUUUACACAUGUUUUGAUUCAAUAUUAGAAAAUUUUGACGUCUACAAAGUGGAAACUAUAGGCGAUGCUUACAUGGUCGUGUCGGGCUUGCCAAUUCGUAAUGGUAUACUCCACGCAGGCGAAGUGGCAUCGAUGGCUCUAGCUCUAUUGUCAGCCACGCGGGCAUUUCGCUUACGACACCGGCCUGAUCAUAGGUUAAUGUUGCGAGUCGGUCUACAUUCAGGGCCAGUAUGUGCAGGAGUAGUAGGACUGAAGAUGCCCAGAUAUUGUCUAUUUGGAGACACGGUUAACACUGCCAGCCGUUUCGAAUCGACAGGAGCGCCCCUAAAAAUCCACUGUAGUGCAGCGUGCAAAAUGUUGCUUGAUCAACUAGGAGGGUAUAUUCUCGAAGAGCGGGGUAUAGUCUCAAUGAAGGGAAAGCGUGACCAGGUAACGUAUUGGUUGCGAGGCGAGGAGCCAGCCGCGGCCGCCGCCCGGGCCAGACGUAGAGCGGCCAGAGACAAUGCACAACCACCGGGAAGCACAGACAAACGAGGACAGAGGAGCUCCCUCAAAACUAGGAACUGGAAGAAUCAAGUUGGUGGCCUGCAUAGAUGUUGCAGUUUAGAAUCUCCUAAAAAAUUGCGCUUUGCAUCCGGAAAUCAUUUGGAAUCUCAUACGGACGGCGUUUUACAUCAUCGCAGCGAUGAGUAUCUCAUGGAAGUGGUUGGUGAGGGAAGAUUGGCUCCAGCGCAGCGAUGUGACUUACUAGAAGCACCGAGCCUCCGGCAAGAAUAUACGAGUGUGUCCUGUCCUAUUAUAGAGCACACGGAAUGUAUCCCGACCCCGGCCAUACCGGCGUCCGAAGAGCCACUACUAAGUUUGGACAGUAAACCGUGUGAAACCAAGCCGUGUGAUAUCAAACUGGUGAUCAACGGCUGCUCCUACAAUGAGCGCGACGGCGCCGGCAUCCCACUGCUCGCGGACGCCUAAUGCAUUUGUACUUAAGAUGAUGUAACCCCUAGUCAGCAGGCACGUGGCAGCGACACGCAUCUCUAGCUACUGCGGCACACGAGUCGAGUCGCAGUAGCCUGAUAAGCAACUAUACGUAUUAGGUAUUUUGUGAGAACUGCUGUGUCGUGAGUGACGGCGAAGUUCUACCUAAAAGGUUGGAGGUAAACUCUCGUAUCGUAUUUACAAGUGCCUCACGACGCUGCACUUCUCAUAUCGAAUGACAAUGUAAUUGUGAUCUACGUCAGUAUUAUUAAGAGACCUUGUUCAAUAGAAAUUAUUUAAUAACAUUAAACUUAUUUCACAAUUGA